GAAGAACCGGAAGUAGCCUGAACAUGGCGGCGUCCGUCAUGUCUGUAUGGUGACCGUGACAAGUGAUGUCCUGAUAUCUGAUCGCUGACUUUUCUGGAACUAAACUGAACACUCUGUUCCCAGAAAUGGCUCUCCGUGUCAAACCGGGGGCUUCAUCGUUACUUCGAACUGUUUCUCUUAAAGACGUGGAACGGUUUUCUGCACGUGGAGGAACCAGCCCCCAGAUCCACAGGAACUUCAGUACCAGUCGGUGUGUCACAGCUAAGGCUCCCCCUGUCCGCAAGCCCCGGGAGAGAGUAGAGAUUCCCGGACUAGACGCGGUCACAUACAGUGAAAGGAUGCACUAUGUACCUGGACUGGCAAAGCCCGUCAACCCUCACUGGGAGAGAGACUACAAGGACCCUUGGCAUUACAGGACCCCCCCUGUCCACCAGAUGGCGCUACACAAAGACAAACCGUGCUAUAUAUACAACCAGAGGACCAGCGCACUGGAAGGUGAGCGUCAGGCUCUGUGGUUGACUAAAGCCAAGAUGAUGUCUGGUCUGCCGCCUCAGCUGCUCCAACUUGCAGAGAGUCCUGCCAAUCAGAUCACUGAUCAGGAUGAGCGUGUGAAGAAUGCAAUCAAGCAUGCACGCUUCUGGGACACGACUGAGGAGAGACCACACAGGCAGAAAUACAGCAAAACUUUACUCCUCAACCUGCUCCAUCUGUGUGCAGCUCUACAAGACAGACACUCAGCGAUUGGAAAGAGAAUUCUUGCUGAGAAGUACUCAUUGGCAGCUACGUGGAAAAGAGGUGAUGAUCUCUUCCAGAUCAGGGGUCAGAACGGUUUGCUCCUUAACAGCAUAGAUCCUAUCCCAGAGGUUUCUGUGAAGCAGGAGGUGAGCAGCACAGUAGAUGAUGUCCUGGAAACCUUCCAUCCUGUCUCCCCUACUAUUGACCUGCAGAAAGUCCACGUUUAUAAGGAGGAAGCCAACUGCUCAGGAUUCCGGGACGACUACCCCUAUCGUCAUGCCCACACUCUUUUCUUCCCAGAGGGAGGUGACGAUGGGUGUAAACUCCUCCCAGAACAGUUCAGAGCCAAGAUGCUCAUGUUCUCCUUUGGGAAUGCUUUGGCCCGAGCACACAGACUGUAUGGGACCCAGCCCCAGCAUAUGUUGGAUCAUCCCAUAACAGUACAAGCUGUGGGGACCAAUGGGAGGCUAUUCCAGUUCAUGGUAUUCCAGCUGAACACCACAGAUCUCUCAGGAGAUGACGGCAUCAAGAACCAGGUGUGGCUGGAUAAGGAUGUUGAGCUCUAUGAUUUUGCAAAAGUCCGACCACUAAUGAAGAAAAAGCAAGUGAAGGUUCCUGCUGGACUGGCAGGAUACAAGCCGGAGACAUUCAGCAAGUUCCUGGCCCUGUAUCUGCACGGAGCUGUUUAGAGUACCAGCGGCCGUGCCGUCAGCACUGAUGUAUGUGUCUGUAUGUUUCUGUGUGGACACUCUGAGCAGUGAAUUAGGAUUUUAAUAAAUAUAUUUGUCAUUCAUGCCAGAAUGUUUCCUGCAAUAAACAAGUUUACUUCAUGUCAACUCUGUCAAGAUGUUUUGAACAGCCUAAAACUGUAAAAUUCAAUAAACAUACUGGCUCUG